AAUGAUAAAUUUAUUAAUUUUUCUUUCAUUUUCGGAAAGCUGUCUACAAGCGAAACACACGGUUAGGGUUUCGAGUUUUACUGAGAAAAUGAAGUUUCUAUGCGUUUGGAGGGAGAGAGAAAGUGAGAGAAGGUGAUGCUUGUAGGAUGGAGACAGUGAAUCCGAGGCCACUGCAAGCGCUUCCAUUCGAAGAGCAUGACGAUGAUAGCAUGCAAGUACCAAUUGAGAUCAACGGCAACGAGGGAGGGUUCGAAGUGGAGGAUGUUACUGGAGGUGGUGGGGAGGCGGUGAGUGGAGGAGAAGGUGGGAAGAUGAGUUCAGUGAACGCUGAUGAGAAGAGCUCUGUGGUUGCGCAGCGCACCAGUGAGCUCACCAUAUCGUUUGAGGGUGAGGUUUAUGUCUUCCAUGCGGUCACACCUGAUAAGGUGCAAGCAGUGCUAUUGCUUUUGGGAGGGCAUGAAACACCUAGUAGUGUGUCUAGCUCAGAAUUUCUAUUACAGCAGAAUAUGAAGGGCUUAGUUGAUGCCUCAAAAUGCUCAAAUCUUCCACGACGAAUCGCUUCCUUGAUUAGGUUUCGUGAAAAACGGAAAGAGAGAUGCUUUGAGAAGAAAAUUCGGUAUACUUGCCGAAAGGAGGUUGCUCAAAGGAUGCAUCGUAAGAAUGGGCAGUUUGCAUCAGUGAAAGAGAGUUUCAAAAUGGCUACUGGAAACUGGGAUCCAAGCUCUGGUACUCCUUGUCCAGAAUAUGUUUUCCGUAGAUGUCAACAUUGUGGGAUUAGUGAAAAGUCUACUCCAGCAAUGCGCCGUGGGCCAGCUGGUCCAAGAUCUCUUUGCAAUGCUUGUGGGCUUAUGUGGGCAAACAAGGGCACCUUGCGUGAUCUUUCAAAAGGGAGUAGGAUGAUUCCUUUUGGCCAAGAUGAGCUGGAAACAUCAGAUGAUAUUAAGCCUGUAACCAUGGAACAAGAAAGGGCCUAUGGCAACCAUGAUGAGCCGCAGGGAAGCUCUGAAGAGAUGAAACCUGUACCAUUGGAGUCAGGAAAUCCUACUACUGGACAACAAAAUGAACAGGAUUUGCUGGAAACUGCUGUAGCUCUAGUUGAUCAUUUACCUGUACCAGUGGAUAAUUCGUCUAUCAACCCUGAUGAGCAGGUUUCUCACUUGAAUGCAAUCAAACGGAUUUUGAAAUAUAUGAAGGGAACUCAUAGUCAUGGCUUUCUCUAUCAAUCCUUGGGACAUUUUCGCAUUGAAGGAUAUGCUUACUUUGAUUGGGCAGGAUCUCCUCAUGAUAGGAAAUCAACAAUUGGUUAUUGCAUUUUUCUUGUAGGAGAAUACAGAAGUGCUUGCCAAUGUUUCAGGGACAGAUUUUGAGAUUCCUACGAACUUUGACGAGCAGGUUACUCUCAAAAGUUCAUGAAUACCAACUUACAGGUUGACGUUGGUGAUUCCAACAUGGCAACUGACUGGCCUGAGAAUUGAGAUCAUACCAUGUGCUCAUGACAUUGGACUCUUUUUAAGUGCAUGGUCUUGUCUGACCUGGACAAAGAUGCAAUUUACAUUUAUGGAGAUGAUAUAUGUUGAUAGAGCGAAUUUUCUUGCUUAUAAGUUUCUGGACAUCCAUCUUAGAACUUCAUUCAAUUUAUAUAUUAUGAUCAGUUUUACAUGUGGUUUUCUUGGC